GAGAGCCAUCCGAAGAGCUAGAGCAUCUGCUCGCACUUUUUCCCUUGACCCCUUUCAGCUCUUGGAAUAGGCAGUUCAGCUUUCUUCUUUGAACUGAUGACAAAUAUCAUAUGGUUCUUUGCUUCCUUCGCUUCAACUCCAAUUCAUUUCUCAAUACUACACCAUGUCCUUGGUUGAUAAUCUGAAAGUGACCGAAGAAGAUGGUGAAAUGUGGACUGUAUCAAUGGUUUGUGUUGUAACAAUGUUACAGCCCAAGUUAAAGACACCUUGGCUACUUUGAGAAUCGGCAGCAAUGGAAAUCUGGAGCUUGUAGAUGGGAAGCAGAGUUCUGUAUGGUCAACCAAUGUUUCGGUGUCAACUAAUGGUUCGGCUGCAGUUCUUUUGGACAGUGGAACCUUUGUUCUCAAAGAUGACAUGGGAGCUGAUUUGUGGCAGACUUUUGAUUAUCCUAGUGACACACUUCUGCCAAACAUGAUGCUGGGAUUCGAUAGUAAUACUGGAAUCUGGAAUUUGUUGACAUCAUGGAAAGGUGAAAAUGAUCCAUCAACUGGGAUAUUCUCAGUUGUAUUGUCAGAACAGAUGCCAACACAAUUGUUCAUUUUGAAAAAUGAAUCAACUCCCCACUGGAGAAGUGGUCCAUGGGAUAAAUCAAAGUUUGUUGGUAUACCUGGUAUGAGUACUCAAUAUCUAAGUGGAUUCACUCUAGAUGAUAAUGUCAGACAGGGAACAAGGUAUUUCUCGUACAGUAUAUAUGACAAAACUCUAGCAUGUAUGGACAUAUCCUCUGAUGGAAUCUUACAGAUUAUGAUUUCGGAAAAUGGCGAGAACUGGGGUAUUAAUUGGGCUGCACCAGUGAAUACAUGUGAAAUUUAUGGAGCCUGUGGACCUUAUGGGUUCUGCAAAGCUUCUGACCCUCCAGUCUGCAAGUGUUUGAAAGGGUUUAAACCCAAGUCAGUUGAGGAAUGGAGCAAAGGAAACUGGACAGGCGGUUGUGUGAGGCAAACCAAAUUGUCUUGUGAGACACACACAAAUACAUCAGUCUCAACAACGGUGAAGAAGGAUGAGUUUUGGAAGAUGGAGAACUCCAAAAUACCUGAUCUUCAUGAAUAUCUGACGUCUUUAUCUGACAACGUGUGGGAGGACUGUAAGACACAGUGCUUGAGUAAUUGUUCUUGUCUGGCUUAUGCAUAUAUCGUUAAUAUAGGGUGUUUGGUUUGGUCCAAAGACCUCAUUGAUAUACAGGAGUUCAUCUCUGGUGGUGAAGAUAUUUUUAUUCGCCUAGCACACACAGAUUCAGGUGAUGGAAAGCGGACAAAGCUAAUUGUCAGCCUCAUAGCUAUUGUUUUCAUUAGUAUUCUGGGUUCCAUAGUGUUCGGUUGGCAGAGGUUCUUAGCUAGAAAGAAGGGAAAUUUUGAGUAUAGAGGAAACAUAGAAGUAACAACUACUCCAUUUGAAUCAAUUGAUACAACUGAGACUUCCAGUGACACUCUUCUAGAAUAUAUUAGAGAGCAUGAUCGGUCAGAGCAAUUCAUGUAUAAUUUUGAUACUAUCUUUAUUGCAACAAACCAUUUCAGCUCCACAAACAAACUCGGUGAGGGAGGAUUUGGCCCUGUUUUUAAGGGUAAGCUACCAGUUGGGAAGGAAAUAGCAGUAAAAAGACUAUCUCGCAGCUCAGGACAAGGAGUAGAAGAGUUCAAGAAUGAGAUGUUGUUGAUCGCCAAACUUCAACAUAAAAAUCUUGUUAAGAUCAUGGAUCCGUCUAGAAGAGCAGAGCUGGAUUGGGCUAGACGCUAUGUUAUUAUUAAUGGUGUCGCUAGAGGACUUCUUUAUCUUCAUCAUGAUUCUUGUUUGAAGGUAAUUCAUAGAGAUCUAAAGGUUAGCAAUAUUCUCUUGGAUGAGAAAAUGAAUCCAAAAAUUUCAGAUUUUGGAUUGGCACGAAUUGUUCAGGGGACAGAGAAUCUAGAAAAUACUCAGAAGGUUGUGGGAACACGUGGCUAUAUGUCUCCAGAAUAUGCCAUGGGAGGGAUAUUUUCUGAAAAAUCUGAUGUCUAUAGUUUCGGAGUCUUGGUAUUGGAGAUUAUUAGCGGCAGGAAGAUUAACUGCUUCUAUUACAAUGACCAACUGCCAAGCCUCCUAGCUUAUGCAUGGCACUUAUGGAGUCAAGACAGGGGACUGGAGUUAGUAGACGAAGUAUUGGCUGAUUCAUAUUCGUCAUCUGAAGUAAUGAGAUGCCUGCAGAUUGGGCUUCUUUGUGUACAGGACAAUGCUGUGGAUAGGCCAGGCAUGCCAGAAGUAGUUCUCAUGCUAAGUAGUAACACAUACAGUCCACGACCUAAGGAGCCUAUAUUCACAUUCCACAACUCCGUCUCUCCUCCAACUUGUUCAGGAGUUACACAAAUGGGUAUUGUUUUGUGGUUUUUCUUGUUCAUCUUCACUUUGCUUCCUUUCCAGUAUAGUGCUCAGCUUUAUAACAUAACUCCUUCAAACCCAUUAGCAGUAGGAGAAACUCUAGUCUCCCCUGGCAGCAUUUAUGAAAUUGGGUUCUUCAGUUUGAGUAAUUCCACUGAUAGGUAUCUGGGGUUAUGGCACAACAAUAUAUAUCCCCGGAAAUAUGUGUGGCUAGCCAACAGAGAAAAGCCUCUUUCAGUUGCAGACACAUCGGCUACUCUGAGAAUUAGCAGCAAUGGGAGUCUGGAGCUUGUAGAUGGGAAACAGAACACUGUCUGGUCAACCACAGAAGUAUCAGCAUCUAAUAGUACUUCAGCUGUUGCAGUUCUUCUAGACACUGGAAACUUUGUUGUGAAAGACGAUAUAGGAGCUGAUGAGUUUAUAUGGCAGAGCUUUGAUUAUCCUUGUGACACUAUGCUACCUGGCCAGCUGCUAGGAUUCGAUAGUAAAUCCGGAAAGAGGUAUGUCCUGACUAGCUGGAAAAGUGAUAAUGAUCCAUCAAUGGGUAUAUUCUUGUCUGGACUUUCAGCAGAGACACCAUCACAAGUGUUUGUUUGGAUUGACAAUGGAUCAACUCCUUACUACAGAAGUGGACCAUGGGAUAAAUCAAAGUUCAUUGGGGUAGUGAACGAAGAUACAAAUUGGCAGUAUUUAAGUGGAUAUACUCUUGAUGAUGAUGUGAAGCAAGGAACAAAGUACUUGUCUUUCUAUACUUUGGUGGACAAUAUUUCUGGAUAUACAGAAAUGUCUUCAGAUGGUUCAGUGAGGCUUUUGUAUUCAGAAAAUGGCAAGAACUGGAGUGCUGUCUUGAAACUUAUAAAGAAUCCAUGUGACGUUUAUGGAACAUGUGGACCUUUUGGGGUUUGCAGGGCUUCUGAAUCUCCAAUCUGCAAGUGUUUGAAAGGGUUUGUACCAAAAUUGCGCGACGAAUGGAGCGAAGGGAACUGGAGUGGAGGGUGUGUGCGGCAAACAAAAUUGUUUUGUGAUAGACAAACAAAUAUCUCAGUCUCAACUACAGGAAAAAUAGAUGAUGGGUUUUCGAAGAUGGCAAGGUCCAAAGUCCCAGAUCAUCAUGAAUUUAGGUCCUCUUUAGGCGCAGAUGCAAAUACAUUUGAAGACUGCAAGAUGGUAUUUCCCUCUGAUGGAGUAGAUCUAUAUAUUCGCCUAGCACAGUCUGAACUAGACGAAGCAAAGCCAAUAAAGCUGAUUGUCAGCCUUACAGCUAUUGGUUUUAUGAGUUUGUUGGCUGCCAUAGUUUUUUGUUUAUACAGAUUGCGUGCCAACCAAAAGGGUAAGAAGAUAAUGAAAGGAUGGUCUAGAGAAGGUCUCCUAGAAUAUAUAGGAAAUAAUGAUUCCUCGGAGCUAAAGAUAUAUGAUUUUGAUAACAUACUAGUCGCCACAGACGGUUUCAGCAUCAAAAACAAACUCGGGCAAGGAGGAUUUGGCCCAGUUUAUAAGGGAAUGCUACCGGAAGGGAAGGAAAUAGCCGUAAAAAGACUAUCAAGUAGCUCAGGGCAAGGUGUAGAGGAGUUCAAGAAUGAAAUAUUGUUGAUCUCCAAGCUUCAACACAAAAAUCUUGUCAGGAUUAUGGGUUGUUGUGUUAAGGAGGAUGAGAAGUUACUUGUUUACGAAUUCAUGCCAAACAAAAGCUUGGAUACCUUCCUAUUUGAUCAAAAGAAGAGAGCAGAGCUUGAUUGGGCGACACGAUUUAAUAUCAUUCAGGGUGUAGCUAGAGGGCUUCUUUAUCUCCAUCAUGAUUCAUACUUGAAGAUAGUGCACAGAGAUCUGAAAGUAAGCAAUAUUCUCUUGGAUGAGAAAAUGAAUCCAAAAAUUUCGGAUUUCGGAUUGGCACGCAUAGUUGAAGGAACACAAGAUCUUGAAAAUACUCAGAAGGUAGUGGGAACACGUGGCUACAUAUCUCCAGAGUAUGCCAUGGGCGGAAUAUAUUCCGAAAAAUCUGAUGUCUACAGUUUUGGGGUGUUGGUAUUGGAGGUUAUUAGCAGCAAGAAGACUGCAAGCUUUUAUUCAAAUGACCAACAGCUAGGCUUUCUAGCACAUGCAUGGAAGUUGUGGAAUGAAGACAAAGGACUAGAGUUGGUAGAUGAAUUACUAGGGGAUUCAUAUUCCUCAUCAGAAGUAAUGAAAUGUGUGCAUAUUGGACUUCUUUGUGUACAAGACAAUGCUACAGAUAGGCCAACCAUGACAGAUAUUGCGUUGAUGCUAAGUAGUGAAAUCGAUGGUCCAAAACCUAAGGAGCCUUUGUUCACUAUCCAGAAUUCAGUUUCUUAUCCUAAACCACAGUAUGAAAAUAUUGAUUCCUCCAAAAAUGAAGCAAGCAUUACAGUGAUCGAAGGGCGAUAAGCUAUAUGUAGCACAAUUUUGCAUUGCAGAUUUAAUGAAUUCUAGUUUUUCAGACUAUGAGAACUGUUGUGAUUUCCAACAUAUUGUUCAAAUUUUUCGUUUUUUUUUUCGGUUGUUUAGUUUCUAAUGUAAGGAGCUCAAAAUGAUAUACCGCUAUAACAUUAUAACAUUAGAGCGGUAUAUCAUUAUGUUUUUUCUUUGGCCGAUAAUGCAAGCAAAAUCAUUGUAAUUAGACAAAACUAAAAGC